AUGGAUUUAAACACCGACCAAAUUAAACAUUCGCAUCAAUUCCCUCCAAGCAGCAUUUCGUUAACUUCCAGUUUAUCCAGUAUUACUGUGGACGUCUGCAAAAAUAGAUGUCAGGAUGCAUAUGCAUAUACCCCCGAUUUGUCUGGAUAUGGAUUAACAGUGUUUAGCUUACGUAACAACCGUUCGUGGCGAGUAUCUCACAAGUACUUUUACCUGGAGCCACAAGCUGGCGAUUUCAACAUCGCCGGUCACCAAUUCCAAUGGAGAGAUGGCGUCUUCAGCGUAGAACUGAGUGAUAUCAAAAGUGAUGGCAAUCGCGACAUGUUCUUCCACGCCAUGGAGGGGCACCACAUGUACAGAGUCAGCACCAGGAUCAUCAAGAACGAAACUUUGGCUACUAGGAGCUACCAUGGAAAUGAUUUCGUCGAUGUUGGGGACAGAGGGCAGAAUUCGCAAACUUCAUCGGCUGAUAUCCAUAAAGAAUCGGGCGUUAUGUUUUUGGGGUUGGUGAAUCAGAACGCUUUGGCUUGUUGGAAUGCUGCCGCAAGUUUGAAGGAGAUCACCACUGUAGCUAGGAAUGAUGAAAAAAUGAUUUACCCUUCUGAUGUUAAGGUCUACAACGACAAAAUCUACAUGCUCACCAAUAAAAUGCCAGAAUUUAUAUAUGGGAAAUUGAAUUAUGAUGAAGUUAACUUUAUAGUAUGGUCCAAUACGGUCAAAAAUGCUGUAAGAAAUACGAAAUGUGAUAAACCCAGGAGACAUUGA